AUGAAGUUAACAACGACGUUAUUGCUGCUAGUAGCAGGCAGCUGCUGCCUCCUCCAAGGCUGCACUGCCGGUGUAAUUGGUAGUCCAGAGCAAGCGAUCGAUGCUCAACCACCAGAGCCGAUCGUGCCCAACAGCGUUGGAGAUAAGGAGUAUGCUAAGCUAGAGCCAUUAAGUGAGAAUAAGGAAGAAAUUAUUGCGCCUAUUUUCGAGCGUGGCUUAUACAUUGAACCCACCAAUGGCGGUGAAGAGGAUUACGUGAAGCCAGAACCCUACAAUGUGGGCCCUGAAGAAAUCUCCGAACAAGUACCUGAAGUGCCGCAAGCAAUUGAAGAACCACAAGUGAAUAAUGGUGAAGCUGAUUACGUGAAGCCAGAACCCUACAACGAUGGCGAAGAGGAAGUCUACGCAUAUGCACCUGAAGUGCCGCAAGUUAUUGAAGGACGUGCAAGCGAAUGCAAAGUAACCAUACGCGGCGGCCUACCCAGCCCGCAGCCUGUUUACUUGAAGACAGACUCAGAGGAAUUCUAUCCCUAUGAUGCCACCGGUGUUAUGGUUGUUGAUACGGGCAAGACUUUGGAGAUGUGGUGCCCUGGCAAAUUUUCAUCAAUUUCCAAAACCCUCAUCACCGCCACCUGCGUCAGUGGCAGCAACUUCAAGGUCGAUGGCACCACUUACUCCUUCAAGGAACUGACUUGCAAUUCCUGGCCAGGUUUUGUAGCUGAAAAGUCCGGUGCCUCAUGUAAUGGUGGCGUUAUGGUGCGCGUGGGUUUCAAAAUCUCCUCCAGCCGUUUCGCCAAACAGUACGAAGUCUGCUUCGAUGAAGACGAAGAGGUGACACGUUAUGUGCAUCACGAUCUCAAUCCAGGCAGCAACUACUAUCAAACUGGCGUAGAUCGCAUCACUUUCCAAACCGCUGGCUUCUUCGAUGGCAAAAACGUUGACAAUUUAUACAAACAAACUACACAGGAGGCAACCAUUAACUCACAAUUGGGAGGUGAUGCUAGCCAAUAUUUUAACUCCAACAAGAAUAUUUAUCUGGCACGCGGUCAUAUGGCCGCCAAAGCUGACUUCGACUAUGCCAGCGAGCAGCGCGCGACUUUCUUAUUCAUCAACGCUGCGCCGCAAUGGCAAGUCUUCAAUGCCGGCAACUGGGCACGCAUAGAGGAUGGUGUGCGCGCUAAGGUUUCGUCUGCUAAAUGGUACGUGGAUUGUUAUACCGGCGUUUACGGUGUGACCACACUGCCCAAUGCGAAUGGUGUGCAGACACCAUUGUACUUGGCCUAUGAUAGUAACAAUAAUGGGCUGAUUCCUGUGCCCAAGCUGUACUUCCGUAUUGUGAUUGAGCGUACCAGCAAGAAAGGUAUUGUCUUCAUUGGUGUGAAUAACCCGCAUUUGACCUUGGCUGAGAUUAAGAAGGACUAUAUACUUUGCACGGAUAUUGCGGACCAAGUCGAUUAUAUCAACUGGAAGCGCACGGAUAUCACUACUGGUUAUUCUUACGCUUGUUCGGUGGAUGACUUCAAAAAGAAGGUGUCACACUUGCCAUCUGUUUCGGCCUCUGGUGGUUUGCUGUUGUAA